UGCGUUAAGAUGUCGACUGUAUGCCCGUAGUGAACCUACGAAUCACUCAGUGGGAGUUUAGUCCUAGACGUGACUCGAAACCACAGUUUUCUUGGAAAUGAUUAUUGCAUUGAUUAUACAACCCGGUUUCCGGUUCUGCGUACGUUUUACCUUCUGAGUAUAUUUCUGUUUUUAUAUUUGACGAAACAUUUGUGUUCGCCAUGUCUACUACAUUAUCCUCGACGCACGAUUUACUUAGCAAACGAAGCUGGAUGAAACGCCGGCCGUUGCUAAGAAACGCCCUGUUUACAGAUCUCCAGAAUGGCAGCUAUAUAGCUUCUAUUUACACUCUAGUUCAAAGUAUUAUAACUCAGAUUCUAUCUGUGUUUGACCUUUACGUUCUCAUUGAAGCCAGUCCUGGCUCGACACAUUAUAGAUAUUUUGGAAUCAACUUUAUGUUUGUGUAUAGUGGGAAUAAACAUGUGAGAAAUUCCUUAAUAUUAUGCUCAAUUAUUUCAUUUGCAUUGGCAGUAUAUAUGCUCGUGGUGUCUGUGAUACUGAUGAGAGCUCUUCGAAAGGAAAUAGAGCAGAGGUUCAAGCCAUGGUUGAUAGCUGCUACAGUUUUUACAUCUUGGAGUUUCUUUUCUAUAAUUUUCAGGUCUAUAGCAAACGAUUUGUAUUAUGAGUACCAUCAAGCAAUGCUGAUUAUAUGGACUGUAAUGCUAAUUUGCAAUGUAAGUUAUCAGUAUUUUUUAUCCUUGUUUGUUUACUCAAAUUUCCAGGAGUUAACAGAUAUAACUAGGCUUGAAGAUAUGGCCAGACUAAAGAUGGGAACUAUGAGCAGUCUGAAUACAACAUCUCACAGUUUAUCCCAUUAUUCUGUGAAUAUGCUAGGAGGUGUUCAGUCACGAGCUUCUACGCCUCAUGGCUCAACGUUUGCUGCAGUGUAAAACUAUUAUACAUUAUAAGUGUCUUUGUUGAGGCCAAUAACCAAAGACAAAUUUCAUUUACUGCAGCUGUCCAUCUCUAGUUUUUAUAUAUUUUUUACAUAUUUUUUGGCCUUAUUUUUAUUACUUUUUAUGUCUUGUUUUUAUGUCAAAAAUCUGUCUUUGUAUUUGAAUGUGAGCUGAAUUUUAGUUAUUGUCAUAUGUAUUGCAUUAUACCUAUUUCAUAUCCGUCCAGUUUAUGUAUUCUGUUAUAUGUGUAUGUGAUAGAAUUCAAAUAUGGUGUGUAUGUGUGUUGUGUCUGUACAUGUCUGUUGUACAUGAUAUGCAUAAAUACUAUGGAAAGAAAUAAAAAAGUGUAUGCUAAAUUUUUCUAAUUUUUAUUGCAAGAUUUUGUUUCACCAUCCUUCCAGUAUAUCUCAAAGAUUUUUCUGAUGAAGUAUACAUUUCACAUUUUUGACAAACAACAUUUAGAAACAUUCAAAAUGAAAAUCUAAGUAUUUUAUGUAAGAUAUUUUUUAAAUGCUAAAUUAUAUUCCAUUUGUCAAUGCAUCAUCGUGUGGGAAGGUUUUAUGAUCAAUUGUUAAGAUAUCAGAAUUAAAGCAUUUUAUAUCUGAUAGAGAGAAUGUCAGAUAAAAUGUGUCCUUUUGUUAUGAAGCAUUUCCGCUAAUCCUUCUAAUUGCUAAUCAAUUGAUAAACUAAUUAUCAAUACAAAUACCAAUGUAUUAAGUUGUCACGUCACUACUCUUGUAAGCAGAUUCACAGAAAGUCUUCUACACAGUUACUUUACAUAAAUAAAUAGCAGCCAAUUAGUAUGGAACAUAAUUUUUUACAAUCAUGAAUGCUUGUCUUAUUUAUGUAAUAGUAUGUAAAAGUUAUUUUAGAAAUGGUAAAUAAAGGAAAUUUUUCAUCAUGAA